GACUUUUAAAACGUUAUUUUCAGAUCGAUAUUAGCUAAGUGUGGUAAGUGUAUUACACAUUCACACAUAAUUUAAAAUCAUUUUUAAUUACCGUCGAUUUACGACUUGAGAUCUUGUAGUAGAAAAUCGCGUUGCAUUCACGAAAGCUGCAUUCAGUCAUGAAGAGAGUUCAUAUGAAAGACACGGCGAUUUCUGCACAGCCCAGUGUGACAUCCAGAGCCGCACAUGUCAAGAACGACACGGAAAAUAAGAAGAACCAGCACAGGACUCUGAAAGCGCCAACCACAAGAUAUGGGCAACAAAACGAUGUAAGGGAGCAGAAUCGAGUCUUGACUGCAACAAAUGAAGACCUGCAGAGACAGCUUGAAGAAAUAAAGGAAACGAUGACUGAACUGGAGCAGCGAUGCACAGACCUCCAAGGAGAAAAUCGAGAAUUUCAAAAACAGCUGCGAGACUGCCAUGUCCUUCUUGUUGCAGAAAAACUUGACCCAGUUUCAGGGGAAAAGUUGGGUCAGACAGCACAACAGAAGGAAGAACAAAGAAAAGAAGUUAUGACUGUUUCUCAAAAUCUCCUGACUGAGCUGAAACUGUUCGGUGAGACGGCACAAGAGCAUGCGGCAAAUUUACUGGAAGUGCAGAACACCAUGAGGGACCUGACGGAAGCGCAUGAAAAGCUCCAGCAGGAGAGGGCAUUGUUCACUUUGGAUGUGGAGGAAAUGGAGAGAGCUUUGGGAGAGGCAGAGAGACUCUUGAUGGAAUAAAUGAAAGAAACUCUUUCAUUGGCCAUAAAUACUGCAAUGCCAUAUGGCGUUUUCUGAGAUCUGUCAGUCUGAGAAUGAGAACUGGCUGAAAAAAGCAUUCGGAUGAAAGUGUAACAUAUUGUUGCAUUUAAAGGAACAUUCAUCACUCACCAUUUCCAAGCUAUAUUUU